AAACAUCUAAUCAAAUUUUAAUGUCAUGUAUAUAAAUAAAAAAUAUAAUAUUUAGCUAAAAAUAAGAACAUUCAUGAAAACUCUGUACACGUGAAUACAAGUAGCUAUAGAAAAUAAGAAAUAUUUGAGCAAAUGUUCACAAACUAGUUGUGUCCGGUUAGUUUAGCAAUUACCUUGAGUUCGGCUGAUCUCCAACUCACAAUGAAGUCAUAUUGGAAGAAAGGUAAGAGAGUUACUGUUUCGUGUUCUGGUAAGUUGACGACAGGGCAUAUUAUGUAUCAUAUAAAGGCAUGGACAGAUGGUGAAUUCAACUACAGGUGCACGUCUCCUUAUCUUUUAACCAACCACGAAGAUGAUAUUCAUACUGCAGCGACUAAAAGUGCUAAAAAAUUUGUAAAAAACAACCACAUCAACACUAUCGAGUAUUCACUCAAUUCUGAUCAACAAUCUUCUGACGUAUCUGUUUUUGAAACAUCAACUCGCAUUGAUAAAGCAAAUGACGUAAGGGAAAGAGAAUUCACGAAAAGAGUGCUUCCAAGUUUGCCAGUAAAAGACCUGACGCCAGAUAAUUUGAAAUUACUUGGUCAACCAACCACUGAAAGUGUGAAAUCCUUUAUUGAACGUUGGGUUGAUGAGACACAAAUUGAAGGCAAUGACGCAACGAGCCUAGAUUCAAGCGCGGGAAUAUGAAACUUCAACAAGCUAUUACUUUUUGUACUUUCUUUCAAUGCCUAUUCACAAGUUGAAUAAAAACACAUCAAAUAUUUACAAAGAAGAUGAAACGUAGUACGAGAUGAAUAUUUGGAGCACCUUAUGGAUACAAUACGUCAUGGAUUUUCCUAACCAGUACCACACCUUCUCCAUUUCAUAUUUUUGAUUAAUAUUUUAUAAGCAGUGGAACUCAAUUGAGAGCAAAGUACUUUAGAUUUUAAAACAUUUUAUUUUAAGAAAGAAUGUAGCUAUUUUUUAGAUUAUAAUAAUAGGAAUAAGAAUAUAAAAACUUAAUAGAUCAGAGAAAUAUAUAAAUAUAUAUAGCCGACGUUUUUACCAAGACACAAUAUGUAUUGAUUCAAAGGCAGAUUACAAUCGAAAGGUUUUUUGUUUAUAUACUGCUGAAAUAAUAGCCUGCCUUUAGGAUGGAAUUUCCCCCAAAAGUUCUACACUCCUCCAUGUCAUAAUUUCGCAUAAUUAGUGGAACUUCAAGUCCAAAUUCUUGAGAAUCAAUAAACGGUUUUUAAAAAAAUAAAAAGAUUCCUAGACAACUUUCC